AUGCAUGUUGAGAAUCCUCAUAAUAAUAAAUAUGUAGCUAAAGCAUGGUCUAUUUUAGCAGCAGUUAAUAUGUGGGGUGUUAUACUAUUAUGUUUUGCUAAAUUCUUAGAAGGUUAAUUAUUUUUUGGAACUAUAUAUGCAUGGUUGUUUGGAUUACCAUUUAUGAUAGCAGCAGUAUUUAAGGCAAAUAAAUUAAAUUAUGAAUUACUAUUAACUAAUUUAAAUAAAGUGAGUGAUCCUUUAGAAGUUUUAAAUUUGACUGAUUAUUUAAUCAAAUUGUAUAAAGCUUAAGAUUCAGAUUCUUUAUUAAUGAUUGAUGGAUUUCUUGAAAUUCAUAGAGCUACAUGUGCUAAAGAAGAUUGCUAUCUUAAAUAAAAAAGAUGUCAAAAUUAAAGAAUUUAAAAAACAUUCUUUAAAGAUUAAAAUUUAUCAGAAAGAGAUGUUGAUAUUUUAAUGGUUUUAGGAUAAAUUUAUUUUAAUUAAAUUAAAAGGUUUCCUAAUGAAAUUUCAUUAAGAAUAAGAUAUACUUUGUUUCUCUUUGAUUUAAUGAAAUAAAAAUAAUAAGCCUUAAAUGAAUUAAUUUAAGCAGAAUAACAAAGUCCAAGUUUUGAUUAUGAAUUCAUUAUUUAUAGAUAUAAAUAAAUUAUUGAAUUUGAAAUGAAUUUAGCUUAAAAUGAAAAUUCAAAUGGUAAUCUUGAUAUCGCAAGUGAAUUAGCAUUUUAAAAUAAUAUGAGAUAAUUUUAAAAUAAAAUAGAAAGAGCAACAUUAAUGCAUAUGGACUUUUGGUCAUAAUUAUAAGAAGAUUCUCCUGAUUUAGGUAAAAUGAAUGAAAUUGGAUCCAAAAUUAAUUUAGCUAUUCUUUAAGUUGAAGAUUUAUGGAAUAAAAUGUAAAAAUUAACUUAAAAUCUACCUAAAGCUAUGAGAUUAUAUGCUAAAUUUAUUAUUGAAGUACUUCAAGAUAAAGAUUUUGGAGAAGAAUUAUUAGAAAAAUCAAAAAUGCUAUAAUAAUAAAAUUAAAAAAUAAAGAAUUAAUAAUUAAUUUCACUUUUGAAUAGUGAUGAUUUAUGUUUUGAAUCAAAUCCUAUAGCAGUAGUAUCUACAGCUCCAGAGAAAUUUGCUUAAAUUGUAAAUUUAAAUUAAUCAUGUUGCAAUCUAUUUGGAUUUAUGAAAACUGAAAUGAUAAAUCGCAAAAUAAAUAUAUUUAUGCCGAAUUUAUAUGCAAGAUUUCAUGAUGUUUAUUUUGAUAGAUUUAUGGAGACAAAUGAUAAUAAAAAUAUUAAUAAAGAAAGAUUAGUAUAUAUAAAAUAGAAAUCAAAUUAUAUUGCUCCAUGUUUUUUAACUCUAAAGAUUAUUUAAUCAUUUGAUGAUAAUUUAUAAAUGGCUGCUUAAUUAAGACCUUUGAAGUUAUUUAAACCUAAUUGUUAUUUAUUAGUAGAUUAAAAUGAAGUAAUUGAUUCUAUAUCUGCAUCAUGUAUUCCUUUAUUAAAUAUUGACUAUAAAACAGUAUCUUAGAGAAAAAUAAUGCUUGAAAAUCUAUUUCCAAAUUUUAGUCAAUAAAAAUCAUAAUACUUAACUAAAAAUGGUGGAUUAUUAUAAUAUAAACAUUAAGAAGAAUAUAGUACUAAUAUUAUAAAGGAUGAAAGAGAUGAAAGUGAUAUAUAAUUUACAUGUUAUAUGACAGAAAUCUUAAAUGAUGUAAAUGGAGAAAUAGUAGGAUACAUAAUAAGAUUAGAAUUAAUUUGGAAUGAAAAAUGUACAACUUAAGAAUUAAAUGUACAUCAUAAUCAUUAAAAUAGAUUAAGUCUAUAAUUUAAAUUCAAUCCUAGAUUAUCUAACUAUUAUGGUGAAUUUGUUGCUGAAAUGAAUUCUUAAAGAGUUGAUUAAACUAUAAUUUGGGAUUAGGGUGAUCUUUCAUCAAUGAUUUCAUCUAAUCAACAAGAAAUAUAGAAUACAGGAAUAUAAAAACAUUUAAUGUAAAGUGAAAAUACUGAUCAAUAGAAAGAGUAAAUAAAUUAUGGAGAAGGAAUUGUAACAGUUAGACUUUUUGAAAAUAGAAUUUAAGAUAUUAAUGAUGUAGAUAUUAUAUCAGAUGAAGAGAAUGAAGAAAAGAAUAGUGUAUUUGAAAGAUAUGAAAUUAAAGAUUCUAGUAUUUAAGGAAAUUAAGAUGGAAAUGAUAAUAAUAAUAUAUUUAGAUCAAGAAAAUAAUUAUCUUAAAUAGUUAAUAAUUAUUAAACUCCAAUGGUGAUAAGAAAAGUAAAUUGGACUGCCAAUAUCCUUACUAUUAUUUUGGUUGUUUUAUCAUUUACUGAUUUUUUUAUUAUCUAUGAAUAAUAUUAGGAAAUAUAUAAAACAAUAUUAUUGGUUAAAAAUUAAAAUUAAAGAAAUGCAGAACUUUAAACUCUUACAACAAGUAUUUAAAAUUUAUUGAUGUUAAAUAUGAAUGUUUGGGAAUUAACAACUGAAUAAGAAUAAAAAACAUAUGAAGAAUUAUGGAAGAAAAAACUAAAUUAAUCGAUUAAUAAUAUAGAUACAUUAAAUAAAUAAUUAAUGUUAACAGAUGUUGAUUUAAGUGAUGCGAUAAUUGAUAUGAUGAAUAAUGAUGUAAUUAGUAUGAAGACUAGUGAUGGUACUUCAUAAAUGUUUGAUAUAUCUGAAGCUAUUCAAUAAUUAUUGAGUAAAUCUUUAAUUAUUAGAGAUAAACAUAUUUCUAAAAUUAGUUUAGAUGAUAUUGAUGUAGAUUUUGUUUUAUUUAAUUCUUUAAAUAGUAUAGUAUUUUAAUUAAGAGCAUUUUCAACUUUGUAUGCAAAUGAAUUGAGAAUCAAAUCAGAAAAUAAUAGAGAUACUUUCUUACUGAUUUUAGGUAUAUCAGCAGCUGCUUUAGGUAUUGGAUUAAUUAUUAUGAUUAUGGCUAUUAUUUCUGUUUAUAAAACAUAAGAAGAAAUGUUAGCUAUUUUUAUAGAUCUUCCUGAUAAAACUAUUAAAUAUUUAUUUAAUAGAGCAGAAAAUUUUAUUUCUAAUUUACAAAUGGGAGAAGAAGAAGACUUUAUCUCAGAUAUUGAAGAAAAUGAAAAAGAUAAUAUAAAUGAAUUGAAUAAGUCUCUCAAAACUAAAAGAAAAAGAAAGAAAUAUAAAAAUUCAAAUAAAGAAUAACGUAAUUUUAUUCUUGGAAUUUUAAUAAUUGUUCUAUUUGCUUAAGGAUAUUUUACAUUAAAUUAUUUAUUUAGUAAAACAUUUUUGACAGAUUUAAAUUAAAUGAUUCCUGAAAUUAAUGCAACUGCUAGAGCUGAAAGUUUUUAUAGAUUUGUAGAUAUAAGUGAAAGAUCCUUAUUUUUGAAUCGAAAUCUAACUAUAAUGAAUAAAGAUCCAUAUGAGAUUGUUAAGAGUAAUCUUAAUGGAUUAUAUACUUUAGAUUCUUCUAUUCAUUAAGAACAUGCAUUAAAUGUGGAAAUAACCAGUUAAAUUUAUUAAGAUUCAUUCAAAUAGAUUUUCAUGGAUUAACCAUGUACAAUAAUAUCAAAUUUUAUGAAUGAAAUAACAGAAUAAGAAUGUUAAGUAUUUGCUGAUGGAGCAAUUUAUUAAGGAAUGGCAGUUGGGAUUGCCAGAUAUUUUGAGAAUCUAAGAUAUAUAAUGACAAUUUAUGAUUAAUUUUGGGGGAAUCCAAAUGUAAAUUUUAGUCUUUUAGCAAGAGGAUUUGGAAAGUUUAAAAAUAUAACAAAAGAUAAUGAUAUAAUAAGAAAUAACAUUUUAAAUUUAAAUAACUUUAAUUAAACAAAAGAAGCUCGUGAAAUGUAAGAUAGUUAUAAUAGAGGAACAUUUCGAUUUUUAGUUUAAUAAAUGAUUGAAGGAAUUAGAUUAGAUAUGGAGAAUCAUAAAACUUAAAUAUUAGGAUUAUUUAUAGUUUUUGAGGGAUUGAUUUUUAUGGUUUAUUUUUUAAUGUGGUUACCUUUGGUUGCUAAAUUUACAAAGGAUUUAUGGAGAACGAGAUAAAUGAUAUUAAUGAUUCCACUUGGUAUAAUUUAAAGUAUAAAAUCUAUAAAGACAUAUAUUAAAAUGAAUAUUUAGAUAAAUGAUGUUGAUGUUUGA